UCAUCUUUGUUCCUACGCAUGGUUGGCCGUGCGGCGUCCAGUAUCCCCUCUUUAAUCUAUUUAACCGAGACCUACCACCUCGCCUCUCCUUUCCUUUCCUUUCCUUCCCCACCCUUUGAAGUAAGUUCGUCAAUUCGCUACAAUGGGCCUCAAACUCCUCCCCGCCUCCUACUCCGACAUGCCUGGACUCGUGCAAGUCCUCUACUCCGCGAACUCGGACCCGCACGACCCCUUCGUCGACCUGUGUCUCCCCGGCAUCGGCGCAUGGUCGACCUCCACCGUCGAGGAGGGCAUGGAGGAAGUACGCAAGAAUUAUCUGGCUGACUGGCAGGCGAGCAAGACGCAGCACUGGAUGAAGGUUGUGGAUGAGGAGACUGGGCAGAUCGUGAGUGCGUCGAAGUGGGAGAUCUUCGAUCAUAAUCCGUACGCGGAGGGCUUGCCGCGUAUCGACGCUACGUGGCUCCCCGCGGAUACGAAAUUGAGGAAGUACGCUGAGUGGUUGAUCAACACGCGAUAUGGUCAGGCUGCGGCUCGUUGCCAGUGUCCUCAUGUUUGGCUUGAUAUCUGCAUCACUCUGCCCGCGGCGCGCCGGCGUGGCGCAGCAAGCAUGUCACUCCAAUGGGGCGUCGACAAGGCUGACGAAAUGGAUGUUGAGGCUUUCAUUGAGGCGACUGUGGAGGGCGCCCAAUUGUAUGAGAGGUUUGGGUUUCGCACGGUGGAGGUUGUGGACCUGAAGAGGGAUGGCAAGGAGGUGGAAGGGGAUGAGGAGUGGAAGAGUUUGGAGAGGGAGUACCCGCUGAAGUAUCGGUGGAUGGAGAGGGAGAAGAAGAGUGCGAGGUCAUAAUCUUCAACUAUGCUUAUAUACAGUCGACGCGAACUCCGUUACCUACUCCGUCUUCGGUGCCUUCUCCUUCAGCGGCACCACCGUUCCCUUAUCAAACGGGUCGAACGGCAGAUCAUCGUACUCGCUAUACCCACCCUCCUCCGGCCUCGCAAACAUCUCAAACCCCGGCGGUGGAUUCGCCUGAUGCUCGUAGUACCACUGAUACGCAGCAUCGAAAUCGCGACACUUGUGGUCGAGAUUGUAGUUGGGAUGCGGCCAGUGUCGGCCCUUGACCCAGUUUGAGGGCACCACGUUG